AUGAGCAUAUGCUUCUUUCCCAUGUAUGGUGGAACGACGAACACUGUCACUGACAGGCUCAAGCUCUACACUUCUCAAGCCAAACCGAAUCAUGACCCGAACUCAGUUAAAGGACUAAAUCAUAUCCACCAUCUCCUUUACCACGUUGAAGAGAAAGCAAAAUGCGUAAAUGCACACAGAUCGGAAUCUUCCGAUGAUGCCCACUUUAUCGCAGAAAGAAACGCACGGUGCACAGGAUUUCAGAAGCCCAAGACUCAAAUCGGCGCCCCGAAAGAAGUAUUGAUAUUCCCGACGGAUACGAUUCUUGAGUUCAAACUGACCGAGAAUAGUCCUGCGCCUGGGAUAUCAGAUAUGAGUACCAUUGCAGUACCAAUACAGUUCCAAAUCACGCCCACGGUCAAUCGUUGGGACUAUUUGGAAAUUGCAGCCGCAAUCGCGUCUACUGCGCUUUAUGAUAAUAUAAUCCUCUUCACCAUUGAGUUUCCGAAGUCCUACACGCCGUAUCUUCUCCCGCCUUCCGCGUCUUGGCUUCACCUUCCAAAUUCAAUCGAGUUCGAAUUUGGCAUUUUGAAUAAGCACAGGAAUAGCACCACGAAUGCCAAUGCCGUCCUUGUUCGGCGUCCUGAGAGUCCUGCGCGCUAUUGUGCUUCUCGGGAGCUUCGUACCGCACCGGGUGAACUUGCGAGUUGA